AUGAACAUUUAUACCUCUUACAAAUAUGAAGUUUACAUUAUCUCAUUAAUUAAUGAGGAAACCAUCACGGCUGACUGCACGGAGAAAGCUCGGCCGUGUGGCGAAGGGCUAAAUGUGGUUUGGGUGGCGCGGGUUUGGGCUGGGGCGACUCCUGGGGACCGAGCGGGCCCGAGCCCCUGGAGCUGGGGAGGCCUCGGCCGUGGCCUCCCGGCGCGCCCCCCGCCCCCGGCCGCGUCCGGGCUCCCCUCCGGGUCUGAUGUCGCGCGCUUGCGUGCUGCGGCCAGAGCGCCUGACCCAGAGGCCGGCCCCAGAAAACCCCGAGCGAGUAGGGGGCGGCGCGCGGGGAGGGAGGAGAGCCGGGGGCGUAGUGGGUUGGUGGGUGUUGGGGGUGGAGAUGUAGAAGAGGUGACGCCGCGGCCCGGCGGGCGCCAGACCAGCGGACGCGGUGCCCGCGGUUGCAACCGGAUCCCGGGCGCUGCAGCUUGGGGAGGCGGCUGUGCCGAGCGGCGGCCGCGGAGACACCCAGCCCCAACCCCAGCGGCUCGCCGCGCCGGGGCCGGCGGAGGGCAGCGGCCGAGCGGCGCGAGGCUGGGGGCCCGCGGGCGCGGCCGCGCGCCGCCGGGAGGGAGGCUGGGGGGCCGGGGCCGGGGCCGCGCCCCAGAGCGGGUCGGAGGCCGGGGCCGGGGCCGGGGGGCGGCGGCUCCCCGCGCGGCUCCAGGGGCUCGGGGGCCCCGGCAGGGCCCCGGCGGGGCCAUGGCAGCCGGGAGCAUCACCACGCUGCCCGCCCUGCCCGAGGACGGCGGCAGCGGCGCCUUCCCGCCCGGCCACUUCAAGGACCCCAAGCGGCUCUACUGCAAAAACGGGGGCUUCUUCCUGCGCAUCCACCCCGACGGCCGAGUGGACGGGGUCCGGGAGAAGAGCGACCCUCACAUCAAACUACAACUUCAAGCAGAAGAGAGAGGGGUUGUGUCUAUCAAAGGAGUGUGUGCGAACCGUUAUCUUGCUAUGAAGGAAGAUGGAAGGUUACUGGCUUCUAAAUGUGUUACGGACGAGUGUUUCUUUUUUGAACGAUUGGAAUCUAAUAACUACAAUACUUACCGGUCAAGGAAAUACUCCAGUUGGUAUGUGGCCCUGAAACGAACGGGGCAGUAUAAACUUGGACCCAAAACAGGACCUGGACAGAAAGCUAUACUUUUUCUUCCAAUGUCUGCUAAGAGCUGAUCUUAAU